UUUCACAUGUUAAUUUUUCUUUUGAUCACUCUUCAAUUCCAUUCAUGCUUAUUUAGUCGUACUAACUCUCACUUCAGCGUUUGUUUUACUCUUGCGCUUUAUACCUAUACUAUAAUUUUACACUUCUUUUGUUAUUGAAAGUAGCUGGCGCAGCGGGGUCUGAUAGAGCAUUGCGUAUGGAUAUUGAUUGACCACGAUAUGCGCUGAUUUGGCUCAUACAAUUGACCACUCAUACACCGAAUACGAACCUUGAUUAAGGACACAUUCAUGAUGAAACGACGACGGGAAUCUCCGUUUUUCCUACCAGUUGAAUUUGCUUCCAAGUUCAAUUGGUGGCAAAAAGCACGAUAGAAAAACAGAAAAAGCAUAUAGAAAGCCAAGGAAACUAUAUACUAAAAGGUUUCCAAGCUAGUAUCUUUGCAGAAACUUAUAAAAAGAGGUUUGUUUAUGCGCUUGUUAUGACGAGUGUUACCUGUUAACAAUGUCGGUCCCGUCGUUUUUUGAGGGCAUCCACCAGGCCCCUCCCAUCGAAGUUUUUUCACUUUCCGAAGCAUGUAGAGAAGAUGUUAGUCCUGAUAAGAUAAAUCUCACGGUCGGUGCCUACCGCACGAAUGAAGGAGAGCCUUGGGUACUGCCAUGUGUACGGGCUGUGGAAACAUCGUUAGCCGCAGAUCAUUCAUUAAACAAGGAGUACCUACCGAUUACUGGUCUUGAGGCAAUGUGUGCAAACGUCCUCAAAUUGCUGCUAGGCGAGUGCUGUCCAUUGAUUGCAGAAAAGAAGGCUGAUAAUUGCCAAAGCCUUGGUGGCACUGGUGCUGUAUUUCUUGGAUUGCAGUUUUUGCGCAGGUUGUGUAAUCGGGCAGUCGUUUUCGUUUCUCGACCAACUUGGCCAAAUCACAUUGGUAUCUCCAAAUUUACUGGGCUGGAAGUGAGAGAAUACCGGUAUUGGGAUUCCGCAACACGAUCGGUCAACUUUGAAGGGAUGGUAGAAGACUUGAGGGAAGGUCCCGAUGGGGCUGUAAUCAUUUUACACGCUUGUGCUCAUAAUCCCACUGGCAUGGAUUUGUCUCGGAAGCAGUGGAUGGACUUGUUGAUUGUAAUUAAGGAGAAACAUCUGUUCCCUUUGUUUGACCUCGCCUACCAAGGGUUCGCAAGCGGAGAUCUGGAUAACGAUGCCUGGGCCGUGCGCUAUUUUGCGGAGCAGGGAAUGGAACUUUUCGUUGCGCAGUCGUUCUCAAAAAAUUUUGGAUUAUACAUCAACUCUGGGACUCGCAAUCGGAAGGCGCUUCAGAAUUCCACGCGCACUUUUAAGCUAACCUCUCAACCGAAUCAUCUUGCGUACUUCAGUCAUAUCAAGGUUCUCUCAAGCUCGGUGUCUAAAGGACAAGGCGAUUGCUUUGCAACGCGGACGUCACCGGUUCGAGCUUGUGUAGGGGGACCGGGAGACCAGUGGUGGUUGCGUGACGACGAGCUGUCGGUACAGUGUACCGGCGUACUGCUGACCUCCUUCUCCAGUCGUCCAUCCCCAGUUCGGAAACCCCAAGAUGAGCGUGUCGGCGCUCUUGCCUUCAUCACUAAAGAUGCUUCGAUAACGGCGAAGGUUAAAUCUCAGCUCAAAAUCAUCAUCCGACAGUCUUGGUCCAAUCCACCUCAACACGGGGCCUUGAUUGUGGGAAAGAUAUUGAGCGACCCAGUCCUGACUGCGGAGUGGAAAUCGAACGUAUUCACUAUGGCUGAAAGAGUAAAGCUGAUGCGUCAAAUGUUGUACGACAGUUUACUGAAGUUGAACACUCCUGGCUCCUGGGACCAUAUAAUUCAGCAAAUUGGCAUGUUCUCCUACACCGGACUGACAAAGGAACAGUCUCAAUACAUGCGAGACAAACACCAUGUAUAUUUGAUGAACGAUGGACGUAUCAACAUGUGUGCACUGACGACACACAACGUCGAAUACGUCGCGAAAGUAAUUCACGAUGCACUUACGGAACUCCCUGACUAACAACUCGGAAGCCCAUAAACGCCUGAACUUUCGUAUUCCCGAAAGCGAUUCCCUCAGUUGUGUCGUGGCGAUGUACCUGUAGUUUGCUCAAAGGGCGUAAAAUUUGCGCAUACACCAUGUACCAUUGCGGAACAGCGUUUCUCAGCACCGUCCCGCCGAUCAUUUGCAUCUCCAUUCGUCAAUCUAUAACAACUUUUCCUCAGGUAUGAAGAUCUCUUGAACCCAUCCAUCCUUCCCGAUCCACUCUUUAUUACACAUUUAAAUAUAAUUCCUACCAAAAUUA